AUAAAUCAAAUAUAUAUAUAAAUAAAAUAUAUAUAUAUCAAACAAUAAGGUAUAUAAGGUAGAGUGAAAGCCCCUGGUCACCUUAUUUCCCAGAGCUGUCACCACUGAUAGUUUAAUGAACUCACUUUUUAAUAUGUGUGUGUGUUUAACAUCGCUGGGAUCUUAUUGUACCUGGGUGCAUUUGUUACCAUGUAUGUUUCGCUGACUCUUAUUGUUGUGUGCUGGAACUUUCUGGGGUGAUAGUAAUCCAGUUGGGCAGUCAUCAACACAUGGAGCACUUGCAUGUGACAAGUGUGACUGAGCUGAAUGUUUUUAUUUUAUUUGAAUUAAUUUAAAUUUAAAUAGCUCCAUGUGACUAGUGGCUAUCAUACUGGAUAGCUCAGAUCAUAUUCAGUCUUUGAAUUUUGUUUAUAAGCUUUCUUGGUACUCAAAAAUUUCUGUAUUUUAUUUCCUGUCUUUGGUAGAAUAUGUCUGGUUUUCGUUCUUUUUUUCUUCUGUGGAUUAUCUGUACACUUUUUUUUUUUUUUUUUUUUGAGACAAGGUCUCACUCUGUCAUCUGGGCUGGAGUGCAGUGGCACAAUCUCAGCUCACUACAGCCUUGACCUCCUGGACUCAAGUGAUCCUCCCACCUCAGCCUCUCAAGUAGCUAGGACUACAGGCACAUGCCACCACACCUGGCUAAUUUUUGUAUUUUUGUAGAGACAGGGUCUCACUAUGUUGUCUAGGCUGGUCUCAAACUCCCGAACUCAGGCAGUUCACCCACCUCCGUCUCCCAAAGUGUUGGGACUACAGGCAUGAGCCACCGUGCCUGGCGAUCUGUACAUUUUGAACAAGUAUGUUUUCAUCUAUAUUUCUUUAUCCAUAUCAAAAAAUUAACCACUAUUUAAAAUAUUCUACCAUCUCACAAGAAAGAUCAUGUAGGAUAUUUUGACUUCUUUUCAUUUCCUAGGUUUAAUUGAAAUAACCUGGAAUUGUAAUUCUUUUAUUUUUGCCCUUGUGUCACUAGAGACUUUUUUCUUAACUAUUACAUGUUUCACAUUCCUGUUAACAAAAACAUUUUAGACUUUCCUGACAGCUUUAUUGUUUUUAUGGGUUUCCAUCGUUCUUUAUAAAACACAUCCUCCCGGCCAGGUGUGGUGGCUCGCACCUGUAAUCCCAGCACUUUGGGAGGCCGGGGUGGGCGGAUCACCUGAGGUCAGGAGUUCGAGACCAGCCUGGACAACAUGGUGAAACCCCAUCUCUACUAAAAAUACAAAAAAAAAUUAGCCAGGUGUGGUGGCGGGCGUAUGUAAUCUCAGCUACUCGGGAGGCUGAGGCAGGCAGGAGAAUCACUUGAACCCAGGAGGUGGAGGUUGCAGUGAGUCGAGAUUGCACCAUUGCACUCCAGCCUGGGCGACAGAGCAAGACUCUGUCUCAAAAAAAUAAAAGUAAAAAAUAAAACACAUCCUGUCUUUUUCUUCUUUAAUAGCAUUCUCACAUGAUUUUUUUUCUUAGAGUGAGUGGAUGAUAUAUUUUGAGUUCUUGCGUGUCUGAAAAUGCCAUUCUUUUCCCCUCCCACAUAAUGCAUAGCCUGGGUGUGCAUGUGACUCUAUGAUAACAAUCGUUUUCCUUGAAACUCCAUAAACGUUGUUUUAAUAUCUUCCAGUAUUUACUGGUACAGAUGUUGUUUUCUUUGUUUUUUUUUUUUGAUUUUUGAGGCAGAGUCUCGCUCUGUCACCCAGGCCAGGCUGGUCUCGAACUCCUGACCUUGACCUCAGGUGAUCCACCUGACUCGGUUCCCCAAAGUGCUGGGACUACAGGUGUGAGCCACUGUGCCUGGCCAGAUGCUGUUUUCUCUGCUUCUCUGUCUUUUGUAGGUAAUCUUAUUCUUUUUGUCUGUUUUAACUUGUUUUCAGUCUAGAAGCUUCUGGCAUUUUUUCCCUGUUGUUCUAUUACCAAAGGGUUUCCAUGUCCUUUCACAUGCUGGGAUCGCCUGUCCUUCAUUUUUUAUUUUUUGCAAUGGAGUCUUACUCUGUUGCCCAGGCUGGAGUGCAGUGUCGUCAUCUUUGCUCACUGCAACGUCCACCUCCCAGGUUCAAGCAAUUCUCCUGCCUCAGCCUCCCAAGUAGGCAGGAUUAUAGACGCACACUACCAUGCCUAGCUAAUUUUUGUAUUUUUAGUAGAGACGGGGUUUCACCACGUUGGCCGGCUGGUCUCGAACUCCUGAUCUCAAGCGAUCUCAAACAAUCUCCCCACCUCAGCCUCCCAAAGUGCUGGGAUUACAGGUGUGAGCCACUGCACCUGGCACCUUUCCUUUACUAUCUAAACCAAAUGGCCUGAGCUGAUACAUGUUCAUGGGGGUUUCUUGGGGUCUUAAGUUUUCAUGGUCCUCAGGCACACCCACACUGCAGCCAACUUGCCCCAUCACCGGGCUCCUUGUGCCUGUGUGUCCUUAGGGUGCUCUUUUUCUUCAACAUUUGACCUUGGGUGGAACACGGUUAUCUUCAGUUCUGUGUCUCUCACCACCCUCCUCCCAGGAAUCACUAAAAUCCAGCUAUUGUGCACAGCAUUUGCUGAAGCGUUUGUGGCUAAUGGGGAGGGAGGGAGGUCUGAUUAGAGUAGCGCAGAAAACAACUUUGAAUUCAGUGUCAGACAUCAUUGUUCACCAAGAGGAAUUUGUUACUGCCCAUGCCUUUCUGUGGGUCAUGGCUUCCUCUGCUUCUGAGAGUGUCUCCUGAUCUUUCUUCUCCUCUUCUCUAAGUUCAAGGUCAGCCCAAAUGUCCUUUCUUUCAUGAAGCCUUCCGCAGCCACUAUGACCAAAGGCGCUGACCCCUGCCGGAAGCCCUGUAGCUCUUAGUGAGUGUAUCUUUCCCGUGACAUCUUUCCCAGUUGCUCUCACCUUAUCUCCCCAGCCCUCUGCUCGGGCAGACCCUCAUUCUCCUGCCCCAAGCUGUGGCUACUAGAGGUGAGUUCCUUGUCCACAAUCACAAUGGGAGAUGUGGGUCUUUGCGUCUGUUGCUUAAUGUGUGUGUAGCAUCUACCAACCAGCUAGAGUAAAAGGUUUUAUUUUGCUGGGCGCAGUGGCUCACGCCUGUAAUCCCAGCACUUUGGGAGGCCGAGGCGGGUGGAUCACCUGAGGUCAGUAGUUCGAGAGCGGCCUGGGCUACAUGGUGAAACCCCAUCUCUACUGAAAAUACAAAAAUUAGUCUGGCACGAUGGCGGGCACCUGUAAUCCCAGCUAAUCGGGAGGCUGAGGCAGAAUUGCUUGAACCCGGGAGAUGGAGAUCACUUUAUAAGCACAUACUGCAGUGAGCUGAGAUUGUGCCACUGUACUCCAGUGAGCCUGGGCGACAGUGAGACUCUGUCUCAAUAAAUAAAUAAAUAAAUAAAUAAAUAAAUAAAUAAAUAAAUAUUUUAAGGAGGUUUUAUUUAAAUAUACAAUAGGUUAUCUGAAAAUAAAGUAUGGAUGGACUUUAUUAGAAUUAAACAUUAUAGAAAGUCAAGUACCCAAGGUCCAUCUGUCUUUCUAACCUCUCUCCCUUUCUGUCUCAGUCUCUGUCAACUAGACUGCCCCAAGCAUCUGUUCCUUAGUUCAGAUUCUCCAGAAAGGAUCCCACUGGUUUCUGGCCAAGAAAGGGAUUAUCCAGGCAUGAUCCAGUCCACUGUGAUGGAGAAGGGAAAGGGAGGGGUAGAAGAGAAUUGUGUGGUACAACAUGGCCACUGAGGGCCACACCUUUGGUGAGACCUGUGGGCAAAGGGAGUUUUCAGGGAAGGACAUAGUGAACAAUGCUGGCACGUUGCUGGGACUGAAUUGUAUCUCCCUGCCAAUUCAUAUGUUGAAGCCUAAAUCCCCAACGUGAUGGUGUCUGGAGGUGGCACCUUUGGGGGGUAAAUAGCUUACAAGGGUGGAGUCCCUAUGAAUCAGAUCAGUGUAUGCUUAUAAAGAGAUAGAGUCCAGUGCUUUGUUGCUCUGCCAAGAAUGAGGCCCUCACCAAAAACCUGACCCUGCUGGCACCCUGAUCUUGGUGGACUUCCAGCCUCCAGAACUGUAAGAAAUAAAUGUCUUUUCUUUAAGUAAUCAGUCUAUCGUAUUCUGUAAUAGCAGGCUGAACUAAGACACACCUCAGAACAUGUUUGCAGAACACAUCGUGUCUGCCUGUCUACUCACAGGUAGAUUGUGUGCAUGGAGACAGCACUUUCAGUCUCCAAUCCUUGCAAUACCUGGUACCUUGCAUGUGUUUGUAACUUACUAAAGAUUUGCAGAAUGGAUUCCAAUAGCUCUUAAUUCCCAUUGACAAAUUUAUUUCAAAUUGUCUUUAUUUUAUAUGCAUUAAGAAUAUGUGAAGGCUUUUCUUUUUCUACUUCUCAUUGAGAGGACUUUGGCUGUAGAGUUUUUAGUUUUGGUCUGCUAUAUAGGGCCCAACAUUUUUAAAUGGUAACUAAUUUUUUGACCUCUUGGCAUAUGCUUAUGUAUUUUUCUUUUUUUUUUUGAGACAGAGUAUCGCUCUGUUACCCAGGCUGGAGUGCAGUGGCGUGAUCUUGGCUCACUGCAACCUCCACCUCCUGGGUUCAGGAGAUUCUCCUGCCUCAGCCUCCCAAGUAGCUGGGAUUACAGGCGCCUGCCACCAUGCCCGGCUAAUUUUUGUAUUUUUAGUAGAAAUGGAUUUUUGCCAUGUUGGCCAGGAUGGUCUUGAACUCCUGACCUCAAGUGAUCUGCCCUCCUUUGGCCUCCCAAAGUGCUGGGUCUACAAGCGUGAGCCACCGUGCCCAGCCUUAUAUAUUUUCCCUGGUUGACUCAUUACAAUAACAAAUGAAGAGAUUGUGGCUUAUCAGUUUUAAUAAGUUAUCCAGGCCAUAACUCAAAUUCAAACUUAGCUUUUAAGUCUAUCUGACUGUAAAUCUGUUGCUUUUCACUAAACUACAGUCUCUUGGACUCUCAAUAAGAGUAAUUUGAUAAUGUCUCAAGGUCUUUUUCUUUAUAAGUCAUAGAUUGAUUACCAACCUGAACACCUUUGGAGCCAAAAUUCACCAGUGUAAUGGGUCAAUGAAUUAAUUUUUUAAAAAUCAUACAUUUCUUUGCUUAAAGAAUAUUGCAAAUCAAUAAUUAGGAACUCUUUUGUCUCUAGUUCCUUAAAGGACUCCUUUUAUUUUAUAGCAUCAGUGUACUUAGUAACAAGUUUUUUUCUUUUUUGCUUCUUUCAUGGCUUAAUCAUCUCUUUUCUGACUGCCUUACCUGUAGCCUUGUACAUAUCAGCACCCCUUUCUCUGGAGCCUCUGCCCCCUGCCCCCAGCAUCACCAUCAUUCAGAGUUCCACGAAGCCAGGUUCCUGUGAGAAGUGACAUGGCCCACGGAAUCUGGUUUUUCAUCUCCUGGGUGAAAGCGCUGCCGGGAGGUACCCACUUCAGCCCUCUUGUACCCCAUUGCUGCAGCCUAUGCCCAGUCUGCCCUGGAUGGUGGCUCUUUGUAGAUGCUUUGAGUAAGUUAGUGGCCUGUCAUGCUUUCCCAGCCUUAGGAGAAAACCUGGUUGGAGUCGAGGACUGAAUUGGGAUGUCACCUUUACAGUUUCUGUUUUGUUUAGUGCGCUUCUGUUCCUGGCUUAAACUCACAGUGCCCCGGGGAAAUAGGGACUUCUUUAUUUCCGUAGCUGUGUUCUCUCAGUGUUCCAGCUCAUAUAGUACCUUCCCAGAGAAGGCUGGGGAUUCAGUUAAUAUAAGAAAUUCCCAUAGUUUUUUCCUUUAGUGUUUCUUUUUUUGGGAGGGCAGGGGGAUAGUUGUUCUUCACUACUUUAGGGGUAUUUAUUAACAUUUUAAGAAAACUGAAGAAAGAACCAGUGAAAGCAGAGUGCUUAUUUUGGUUUCCAAAUGAAGUUUUUAAAAAGUUCUUUUUGCGAAACCUUUUUUUUUUUUUUUGUUGAGACAGAGUCUAGCUCUGUCGCUCAGGCUGGAGUGCAGUGGCACAAUCUCGGCUCACUGCAACCUCCGCCUCCCAGGUUCACGCAAUUCUCCUGCCUCAGCCUCCUGAGUAGCUGGGAUUACAGGCAUGUGCCACCACGUAUGGCUAAUUUUUGUAUUUUUAGUAGAGAUGGGGUUUCACCAUGUUGGUCAGGCUGGUCUCAAACUCCUGACCUUGUGAUCCUCCCGCCUCGACCUCCCAAAGUGCUUAGAUUACAGGCGUGAGCCACCGUGCCUGGCCUGAAACCACAUUUUUAAUGUAGAACAUUCGAAUGAAUCACUAAGCAAAAACGCCAUGCCUUGGUAUAUUCAUAUAUACAUUUUCCUAUUUAUAAAUAUUUACAAAAAUGCAAAUAUGGUAGCCUCCGCCCCGUAUUAGUCCGUUCUCAUGCUGCUAUAAGGAUGUACGUUAGACCGGGUAAUUUUUAAAGGAAGAGGUUUAAUUGACUCACAGUUCUGCAUAGUUGAAGAAGCCUUAGGAAACUUACACUCAUGGCAGAAGGGGAAGCAAACACAUCCUUCUUCACAGGGUGGCAGGAGAGAGAAGAGUGAGAGUGAGGGGGGUAAAAGCCCUUUAUAAAAUCGUCAGAUUUCAUGAGAACUCAUUCCCUGUCAUGAGUACAGCAUGAGGGUAACCGCCCCCAUGAUUCAGUUACUUCCCUCCAGGUCCCUCCCAUAACAUAUGGGGAUUAUGGGAACUACAGUUCAAUAUGAGAUUUGGAUGGGGACACACCCAAACCACAUCACCCCCUUAUCUGUGAUUUUGCUUUCUGCAGUUUCAGUUACCCUUGGUCAACGUUGGUUCAAAAAUAUUCCAUGGAAAAUUCCAGAAACAAUUCCUAAGUUCUAAAUUUCAUGCCCUUCCAAGUAGCAUGAUGAAAUCUGGGGCCAUCCCACCCUGUCCUGCCCUGGAUGCGACUUUUCUCUUUGCCAGCAUCCCCGCCUGCAGGUCACUUAGUAGCCAUCUCUGUGAUCAAAUUCACUGUCUUGGAAUCACAGUGCUUGUGGUCAAGUGACCCUUACUUUACUUCCAUGGCCUUAAAGCACAAGAGGAGUGGCACUGGCAAUUUGGAUACACCAUAGAGAAGCCAUAAAGUGCUUUCUUAAGUGAAAAGGUGAAAGUUCUCAAUAAGAAAAGAAGAUCAUAUACUGUGGUUGUAAGAAGGAAUCCUUGGGGCCAGGUGCAGUGGCUCAUGUCUAUAAUCCCACCACUUUGGGAGGCCAAGGUGGGAGGAUCACUUGAGCCCAGGAGUUCGAGAUCAGUCUGGGUAAUAUAGCAAGAUCCUGCCUCUACAAAAAAAAAAAAAAAAAAAAAAAAAAAAACUAGCCCGGCAUAGUGGCAUACACUUGUACUCCUAGCUACUCAGGAGGCUGAGGCGGGAGGAUCACUUGAGCCCGGAAGUUCAAGGCUGUAGUGAGCUAUGAUUGCAUCACUGCACUUCAGCCUGGAUGACAGAGUGAGACCCAAUCUCUUAAAAAAACACAACAAAAAAGGCUUUGCAGACGCCACCGCCACCAGGAGCCCUGUACUACCAGCCAUGGUCAACCCCACCAUGUUCUUCAACAUCGCCAUCAACAGCGAGGCCUUGGGGCACGUCUCCUUCGAACUGUUUGCAGACAAGUUUCCAAAGACAGAAAACUUUCGUGCUCUGAGCACUGGAGAGAAAGUAUUUGGUUAUAAGGGUUCCUGCUUUCACAGAAUUAUUCUAGGGCUUUUGUGUCAGGGUGGUGACUUUACAUGCCAUAAUGGCACUGGUGGCAAGUCUGUCUACAGGGAGAAAUUUGAUGAUGAGAACUUCAUUCUGAAGCAUACAGGUCCUGGCAUCUUGUCCAUGAAGCAUACAGGUCCUGGCAUCUUGUCCAUGGCAAAUGCUGGACCCAACACAAACGAUUCCCAGUUUUUCAUCUGCACUGCCAAGACCGAGUGGUUGGAUGGCAAGCAUGUGGUCUCUGGCAGGGUGAAAGAAGGCAUCAAGAUUGUGGAGGCCAUGAAGCGCUAUGGGUCCAAGAAUGGCAAGAGCAGGAAGAAGAUCACCACUGCUGACUGUGGACAACUCUAAUAAGUUUGACUUGUGUUUUAUCUUAACCACCAGACCAUUCCUUUUGUAGCUCAGAAGAACACCCUCCACCGCAUUUGCUCGCAGUAUCCUAGAAUCUUUGUGCUCUCACUGCAGUUCCCUUUGGGUUCUAUGUUUUCCUUGUCCCCUUCCAUGCCUAGCUGGAUUGCAGAGUUAAGUUUAUGACUAUGAAAUAAAAACUAACAAAAAAUAAUAAUGAUCUACCCAUAAAAUUGUGAAAAAGGAAAAAUACCUUUGUGCAUAGGCUAUGAAGUUUAGGAGUGGGUACUAGCCAUGGUUUUAGGCAUCUCCUGGGAGACUUGGAAUGCCUUCUUGAGGAUAAGGGGCACCUACUGUAUACUGUUUGUAUUCAUCUGUUGUCAUUUGAAAGGAACUGAAUGUCUUUCCAGGUCACCACACAGCCUGCACCUGAGUCAGGUCAAUUGGCUGGCCAUCCCGUCAUGUGGUUCUACACAGGGUACCAUUAUUUAUUUAGUCCCCUAUUGCUGGACCCUCAUGGCCAAGGCUGCCAGUGGGCCCCUUCUUCCACAGUGACAGUUUGUUCUGGGCACCUGGAGGGCCCCACUCAUCCCUCCUGCUGGCUGGGAUAUGUGUACCAGUGGUUGGAAGUCAUCCCACAGCACCUGCACCAAGCCAGCAUCCUGGGGGCAGGGGAGACAGGACAGAGGGAGCCAGCCCUGCUGUCAUUUUAGGGCACAAAUUCCCCACUGAGGGAUGCAGAGACCUUUUCAUGAAAGAUAAAUGUGCUUGUGUUGUGAGUGGCUGUUAUUUUGGGACUGGAGCCCACGCAGCUCAACCUGUAUACUAACUAAUAAAACGUCUGUGUGUAGGCCAGGUGCGGUGGCUCACGCCUGUAAUCCCAGCACUUUGGGAGGCGAAGCGGGUGGAUCACGAGAUCAGGAGAUCGAGACCAUCCUGGCUAACACAGUGAAACCUCGUCUCUACUAAAAAUACAAAAAAAAAUUAGCCGGGCGUGGUGGCGGGCACCUGUAGUCCCAGCUACUCAGGAGGCUGAGGCAGGAGAAUGGUGUGAACCUGGGAGGCGGAGCUUGCAGUGAGCCGAGAUUGGCCACUGCACUCCAGCCUGGGCUACAGAACGAGACUCUGUCUCAAAUAAAAUAAAAUAAAAUAAAAUAAAACAAAACAUCUGUGUGUAGCUUUGGCCUUAGAGACAUUUUCGUGUUUUCAUUAUGUUACUUUUUAAGUAAGUAGUAUGGCGUAUUCAGAGGUCAGCUGUGUGGUACAAAAUUCAAAAGCCAUCAAGGGGAGGCAAUGAAGUUAAGUCUCAUUCUCCCUGCGCUGAACUUCUCCCCCAUAGGCAGCUCCUGUUGUGGGCUCUUGGUGUGUCCUUCCAGUGGUGGCAAGGAUGGGAGCAUGUGCACACGUGUGCCUCUGCAGGCCUUCAACACAAAUGGCAGCAUGCCUCUUGAUUUUUCACUAACAGCAUAUCCUGGAGGUCUUUAUAUAUCAAAAUACGUAGAUCAACCUCCUUUUAGUUUUAUUGUAUUUUUUUAGAGAUGGCGGAGGGGAGGUCUCACUGUGUUACCCAGGCUGGUCUGGAACUCCUGACUUCAAGUGAUCCUCUGGAGUUGCUGGGAUUACAGGCGUGAGCCACCAUGUUCAGCUCCAACCUCCUUUUUAAAAAGGCAGUGUGUGGGUCCUUUCCACUCAGAGACUCCUCUCUCUCUAUAUAGAGAGAGCUGUUUCUCUUUCCCUUCUCUUCUAUUAAACCUCCAUUCCAUAAAAAAAAGGGGGGGGCUGCUGUAUAUUGUAGCAUUGAAUGGAUACACCAUUACCUCUUCAAUCCAUCCCCUAUUAGUAGACAGUAAGGUAGUUUUAAGUCUUUUGUGCUAGUACACAGGGCUGAAGUUAAUAUCCUUGUACAUGUAUCACCUCUCCAGACUAUUUCCUGAUGAAUAUUUGAAAAUCUUUCUCAGUUAAGUUUUAGGAAGGCAGUGUGGUGUGUUGAGAUGAGUUUUAAACCAGGAACCAAGAAGCUUCCUUCACUAACCCUCCCUUGGACUUUGGAAGUCAGUUAACCCCUCUGGGGAUGAGUGUCUUUAUUGGUAAAUGAAAAAAACUGCUUAAAAGGAGGCAUUUGUCUUUAAAACUCAUGAUUUGACAAGUACAUACUUUGUCCUGGGCCUGACCCCAUCCUCAGGGAUAACAGAAGGCUGGGGAAGGUUCUGAGAGGGAAUAGCUCUGAGAAAACCACAGACUUUAUGUAUCAGGGACUCAUCAGACCCCAGGGUUCUUCUUGAGUUGACUUUUUGCUGUCACUUCCUAAGGAAAAGGGGAAAAGAUACGUUUUGGCAAAGGAGAGACCCCAGUCCUGCUUGUCCCAGCUUUAAGCCAUCCCUUCUAGACACUGCCACUUGCUCCUUGUCUUGUAGACAACUUCUCAGAGCUCUGUGGUAUUUCUCUGCUUUUUAAAAAUUUAUUUGUUUCUUUCCUCUACCAUCCCAGAGUGGACUAUGACUUCUGGCUCCCUUUUGAAUCUGGGAGGUGCAUUUCCUUUUGUGUUUGAGGACUCCAGGUUCACCUUUGUGCUUCCUGGUGAAAAGCGCCAUUUGUACAGCCUCACCAACUUGUCUUUGACCUUUGACUUUGCUCAUAGAAAUUGUUUUCUCCGUCUCUCAUCUCUGGCCUUUGCCCUUGGACACAUAUCACAGGCUCAUAUCACAGCCUUGGAUCAAGCUAUCUCAUUUCUAUGUUUGAGUAUUACAACUUUUGUUUUGUUUUUGUUUUUGAGACAGAGUUUUACUCUGUUGCCCAGGCUGGAGUGCAGUGGCACGAUCUUGGCUCACUGCAACCUCUGCCUCCCAGGUUCAAGUAGUUCUCCUGCCUCAGCCUCCCGAGUAGCUGGGAUUAUAGGCGCGUGCCACCACACCCGGCUAGUUUUUUAUAUUUUUGGUAGAGACGGGGUUUCACCAUGUUGGCCAGGCUGGUCUUGAACUCCUGACCUUAGGUGAUCCACCUGCCUCAGCCUCCCAAAGUGCUGGGAUUACCAGCGUGAGCCACCACACCCAGCCAACUUUUUUUCUCUUUUUAAAACUGUCUAGAACUCAGCUCUUCUGAGCCACCAGCUCCCUCGAGGCUCAUAAGCCACGGAUCUGUCCCUGUUUGUCUGUCAGAUGGCUGAACAAUUUGAAUUUCAUCUUCAAUUGUAUAUAAUGAUCUUAAAGAUAUGUAAAUAACAAAUUUUUAAAGCAUUGAAAAUAUUUCUUCCUGUAUUCCGACCUUGCACUGUCUACAAAGCCAGGUCUUUCUUCACAAACUAAACUUCAUGCAAGACGCGUUUCUGGCCAAUGAGUGUUAUAUGAAAGUUUUUUAUAGUUUAACAUUAUCUCUUAUCAGAAUUGGGCUUUUGUGUGAUGUAGACACCAAAAUUGUUUGAUAAUUAUGAAAGGAGGAGGCUGGCCAGGUACUGUGGCUCACACCUACAAUCCUAGCACUUUGGAGGGCCGAGGCGGGCAGAUCACCUGAGGUCAGGAGUUCAAGACCAGCCUGACCAACAUGGAGAAACCCCGUCUCUACUAAAAAUACAAAAUUAGCCAGCAUGGUGGCGCAUGCCUGUAAUCCCAGCUACUUGGGAGGCUGAGGCAGGAGAAUUGCCUAAACCCAGGAGGCGGAGAUUGCAGUGAGCCGAGAUUGCAGGAUUGCACUCCAGCCUGGGCAGCAAGAGUGAAACUCCGUCUCAAAAAAAAAAAAAAAAAGGAGGAAGCUAAUGAGAUAGAAUAUACAUUCCCACAUUUCAAAUAUGGUACAGGUUUAGGAGAACCAAAAACUUGGAGCAACCCAAUAUGUAAGAAGAGGGACUAGUUAGUAAACUAGACCAGAAGCUAGCGAAGAGGGACUAGUUAACAAACUGGACUAGAUGCUAGCAAAGGGGAUCAUCAAGAUUCCUCUCUUCCAGCCACGCUUGUAUUGAUUCCCGGGCGUAAUGUUCAGCCAUUGUCUAGAGCUAGGCAUCCUCUGCUGCUAACAGCCGUGUAAAUAUUUAAAUUAUUGGCUAGUCUCACAGUCACCUUUGUCCAAAGCUGUAGCCUCAAUAGCUGUAGCCACCUGCCUGCUUGAUGGAUCUUCGAUGAUGAUCUUUGUCCCUCACUGGCCAUACACUUUUGGGACGGCUCUGAGCUCUGAGCCUUCUAGGGCUUGUCCAUGACUUACUGCUUUGCACAGAGACGAUGUUGCUUUGUAGAUACUUUCUACACCAAUCCCAAGAGGAGAAGGGGCACACUAAGUAUGGGUUGAAGCUACCAGACCCAUGAUGGAGCUGAAAUCCUACUUUAGAUGAGGCCAUAGUGCAGCCAGAUGAUGACAGCUGGAAGGUUGUCUUCCUGCUCUGGACUCUGCAUUACACUUGGGAAAAAAAGGAGUGAAGAAACUCAUACUGGAAUUACACAAAUGAACCACUGACAAAAACAAACUCAUUUGUGUGACUUCUUCAAACCCUGAACUGCAGGUGAAAUCCAUUAUCGAAUUUGAUGGUCACAUGAUCAACUUAGGUAAGAUGGGUGCCCCUGAUCCAGGAUGAGGACCAACUUUGGCCAGUACACCCUGAUAACCUGAGUUAACCUUAGCUAACUUCCCCAACGGUGGGUGUGAAUUCUCUUCCAGCAGCAGGUAGUGUGAUGAACCUUUGGGUUACCUUUGUUUUUUAUCAACUGUACCAAAACCUCAUAUUUUUUUCCUAGUAGUGUUAUUCCUUCUAGUGAAGUGUUUUGGGAUUCCAACCAGAACACCAGGGCAUGUGCACACACGUAGCACAAAGAUCUAUUACAAUUCCAUAAAAUAGGUGAAUAAAAAAUGUCCAAAGAUCACAAUUAGGCAGUUUACAAAAGACCUAAAAAUUGCUGGUAAUUAUCUGAAAAGAUGGUCAACCCAAGGAAGUACAUAAAUGAGAGACAAUGUAGGGUAGUAAUUAUGUGGAUUUUGGAGCCAGGCUGUCUGGAUUCAAGUCGUGAUUCUGCCAUUAUUAACCAUGUGACCUUCAGCAAAUUACUUAAGCUCUCUCUAUUUCAGUUUCCUCAUCUAUAAAACGGGAAUAAUAAUAAUAAUAAUUACACAUGUUACCUCCGAGUGUGACAGUUUACAAAGUUGAUAUCUGUAGGGUGCUUGGUACAGUGCCUGACACAUAGUAAGUGUUGCAAAGUGUUGCCUGCUGUGGUGAUGAUUAUGAUGGUGAUGGUGAUGAUGGUGGUGAUGAUGGUGGUGAUGUUGGUGAUGAUGGUGGUGAUGGUGGUGAUGAUGGUGAUGAUGGUGGUGAUAAUGAUGGUGGUGAUGAUGGUGAUGAUGAUGGUGGUGAUGAUGGUGGUGAUGAUGAUGGUGAUGAUGGUGAUGAUGGCGGUGAUGGUGGUGAUGAUGAUGAUGAUAUGGUGGUGAUGAUGAUGGUAAUGGUGGUGAUGAUGAUGGUGAUGAUGGUGGUGAUGAUGGUGAUGAUGAUGGUAAUGGUGGUGAUGAUGAUGGCGAUGAUGGUGGUGAUGAUGGUGAUGAUGGUGAUAAUGAUGGUGGUGAUGAUGGUGAUGAUGAUGGUGAUGAUGGUGGUGAUCAUGGUGGUGAUCAUGGUGGUCAUCAUGAUGGUGAUGAUGGUGGUGAUGAUGAUGGUGGUGAUGAUGAUGAUGGUGGUGAUGAUGGUGAUGAUGGUGGUGAUAAUGAUGGUGGUGAUGAUGAUGGUGAUGGUGGUGAUGGCAGUGGUGGUGGUGAUUAUGGUGAUGGUGACGAUGAUGGGGUAGUGAUGGUGGUGAUGAUAAUGGUGAUGGUGGUGAUGGCAGUGGUGGUGGUGAUUAUGGUGAUGGUGACGAUGAUGGGGUAGUGAUGGUGGUGAUGAUGGUGAUGAUGAUGGUGGCAGUGAUGGUGAUGGCGAUGGUAGUGGCGAUGGUAGUGGUGAUGACAGUGAUGAUAAUGGUGAUGAUGGUGAUGAUGGUGGUGAUGAUGUGAUGGUGGUGAUGAUGGUGAUGAUGGUGGUGAUGAUGUGAUGGUGGUGAUGAUGGUGAUGGUGAUGGUGAUGAUGGUGGCAGUGAUGGUGGUGAUGGCGAUGGUAGUGGCAAUGGUGGUGAUGAUGGUGAUGAUGAUAAUGGUGAUGAUGGUGGUGAUGAUGAUGUGAUGGUGGUGAUGAUGGUGAUGGUGAUGAUGGUGGCAGUGAUGGUCAUGAUGGCAAUGGUAGUGGCGAUGGUGAUGGUGAUGAUGACAGUGGCAAUGAUGGUAGUAAUGAUAUGAUGGUGAUGAUGGUGGUGAUGAUGGUGGCAGUGAUGGUGGUGAUGGCGGCAGUGAUGGUGGUGAUGGCAAUCAAUGGUAGUGGCGAUGGUGGUGAUGAUGAUAUUGGUGACGAUGUUAGUAAUGAUAUGGUGAUGGUGAUGAUGGUGGUGGUGGUGGCGGUGGUGGUGGCAGCAGCAAUGCCAGACUGCUUUACAAAGUGGUUGUUUCAGUUUACAUUUUACCAACAGCAUGUGAGUGUUCCCUUUCCUCAUGUUCUUCUGAUAUUCUUAGGUUUUAAAAUGUUUGCCAAAUCAAUGGGUGAAAUUGAGCAUGUUUUCUUAAGCUUAUUGGUUGUUAAGGCUGCCUCUUUCGUGAAGUGCUUAUUCAUAUUGUCAGCCCAUUCUUCUGUCAGUCUUCUGUCUUUUUCUUAAUUUUUUUUAUUGAUUUCUCAUUCAUCUAGCAAAUAUUGAGGAUCUUUUAUAUGUCGGACACUAUUUUCGGUGCUAGGAAUACAAUGGAAAACACUGUUUUAUGGAUCUUAUGUUCUAGUUAGAGAGAGACAAUACAGUUCCAGCUAGCAAUAAAUUAUAUUUAAAAACUAAAGCAGUACAAUCAUAAUAAUAGCUGGCUUGUACCGAAUGAUUUCUGUGUGCCAGCUACUAUACUAAAUUCUUAGAUGUAUGAAUUCAUUUUAUCCUCACAUUUUUUCUAAUACUAUUUAUUUAUUUGAGACAGGGUCUCACUCUGUUGCCCAGGCUGACUGUAGUGGCACAAUCACGGCUCACUGCAGCCUCAAACUCCUGGGCUCAAGUGAUCCUCCCACCUCAGCUUCCUGAGUAGCUGGGACCAGAGGCACACACACACCAACUUGCCCACCUAAUUUUUUAUUUUUUGUAAAGACUAGGUUUUGGUAUGUUGCUCAGGCUGGUCUCGAACUCCUGGACUCAAGCAGCCCUCCUGCCUUGUCCUCCGUCCCAAAGUGCUGGGAUUACAGACAUGAGCCACCACACCUGGCCUAAUACUGUUUUUUGAAAACAUCAUCCUUUUACAGCUACAGAAACUGGAGCACAGAGAGGUUAAGUAAUAAACUCAAAGUCACACAGCUGAGAACUUGUGGAGUCAGGAUUCAAAGCCAGGUAGUCAAACUCUACUUAAUGCCUGCAGUCCUGGCCAGAAUAUAAUGUUGUCUUUCUAUACCAUCCUAGAGAUAAAAUGUGAAAGAGAAAAGACCUUUGUAUAUAUUCUGGCUGGUAAUACUUUCUCAUUUGUGUUACAAAUGUCUAACCUUAUUCUGUAACAUAAAAAAUGUUUUUAUAAUCACUUUACCAUGAAAUGUUUAACUUUGGUGUACUCAAAAGUUAUUAUCUCUUAUGGUUUGUACUUUUGAGUCCUCGUUUGAGUAAUUGUUUCCUUCACGGACAUUAUGAAGUUAUCAUUUAAUUCUUUCACUUACUCAUUUGACAGAUGUUUACUUGAGCAUCUACUAAAUGCCAGACACUGUUCUAGGCACUAGAAACAUGUGGAGUAAAUGGACAUCACCGCCUUCACUUUAAAGGUUUUGUUUUCCAAGUUUGGGUCUUUCACCCAUUUGGAAUUUGUUUUUUUUUUCAUGUUGUGGGAUGCAGCAAACUAAUUUUAUAUUUCUGCAUAUAGGAAUUCAGUUUUUCUCAUGCUAUGUAUUAAAAUUUUUUUUUUCACUACUGAUUUAUGAUGUGAUCUUUAUUAUAUAUCAAGUUUCUUUACUAUCAUGGGUUGUUACUGAUAUGUCUGUUGCAUUUCAUGGACCUGUUUAUCUGUUCUUCAGUUCCGUUGUAGUUUAAUAAUGUUUUCCUUACAAAGGUAUUGUGAUUAUUAUACACUAGUUCAAAAAUGCAUGAAAAUACGAACGAGAAGAUUACAAUCAGCUAUAUUCCCACCAUUUUCCAUGCAGGAACUUGGAAAUUCAGGGGGGAAAUAUUUGUAAAAUAAUUAGUCUCAAACCACUAAUGUUUCUUCUAUUUCACAGUAGAGAGGAGCUAAGUUAUCCCUCCGGUGGUACCUGAUAAAAUUUAAAAUUACUUUUUAUCCUUGGAAUUCACAUACCAAAAAUUGAGCUCCUUUGAUGUCACUCUUUUUUUUU